UAAGUGGGCUAACUAGCUAGUAAAUAUUAAAAUAUCAAAAUCGUGGAAUAUCAACGCAUCGUGCGUGUCCGUAUAUUUACGGUAUAUUUUGAUAAUGACUAGGUAUAAUUCGGUUUAUUUCUGAGGGUCAGGCGGUAUAUUAUAUCAAUAAAUGCGCGGUCACACUGGCGCACAACCAUCACACACGUCCACGUACGUCCGAAAAGUUAAAGAAUUAGUUAAAAACUCUUAAUUAAGGAAUUACAAAGUCUUCGAAGGUGAAAGAGCUACGCAACGCCAAGGCAACGUCAACAAUUUUCAUAGCUGUGAACAAACAACAAUUGAGUUUUGUGCAAUAUUCGUCAUGUCAAAUUCCGCUGCAGGACCCACCAAGCAGGACCUCGAGUCGGUUUUCAGUCGCCUGCGUGCCCAGCCAGCCAAUAAGUCCUGCUUCGAUUGCGCGGCCAAGGCACCCACCUGGUCAUCCGUCACGUAUGGCAUCUUUAUUUGCAUCGACUGCUCGGCCGUCCACCGGAAUCUGGGCGUUCACCUGACCUUCGUGCGGAGCACCAAUCUGGACACGAACUGGACGUGGCAGCAGCUGCGCCAGAUGCAGCUCGGCGGCAAUGCCAACGCCUCGCAGUUCUUCCGCUCCCACAACUGCACCAGCUCCGAUGCCCAGGUCAAGUAUAACUCCAGGGCGGCCCAGCUCUAUCGGGACAAGCUGAGUGGCCAGGCCCAGCAGGCCAUGAAGGUGCACGGAACCAAGCUGCAUCUUCUGGAGCCGGCGGUCGACAAGAGCGAGGGCAACGAGGCUGCCAAGGAGGAGGAUUUCUUUGCUCAGUGCGUUGCCAACGACAAUGCGGACUUUAAUGCGGAAAACAACAACAUCAGCAAGCUGGAGACAAAACCGACUCCGUCGCUCACUAAUCUGGAGAGCCAGCUAAGCGGCGCACCCAGCGUGGAUCUGCUCAACUCGGUGGUGGCAUCAUCCGUGCCCUCCUCCAUAGGAGUGCGCAAGAUACAGCCCAAGAAGGGCGGGCUGGGCGCUCGUAAAGUGGGCGGCGGUCUGGGCGCCACCAAAGUAAAGACCAACUUUGCCGACAUUGAGGCUCGAGCCAAUGCGGCCAACGAGAUGAAGACGUCCAGCGUCCAGGCAGCGCCCGUGGACAAGCCCCAAACUGCCGAAGAGGAGCUGGAGACAGUGGCCAGCAUGCGGCUGGCCUACCAGGAGCUAUCGGUGCAGAAGACACGCGAAGAGGCAAAGCUCAAGACCAUGGAUCCGGCCAAGGCCAAGCAAAUGGAGCGCCUGGGCAUGGGCUUCAGCCUGCGUGGCUCGGAUAUGGCUCACUCCGCCAUCGGGGAUAUGGCGACCAUCCAGCAGACGGCGGCUCCCAAGAAUAAAGUCUCUGCGCUCGAGAACGACAAUUUCUUCACCGACUACUCGCUGUACAGCGGUGGCGGUAGCGGCACUGGUGGAGGCGGCGGCGGCGGACACUCCAGCGACAAGCGCGAGAGUUCAGCUGGUGCGUCCAGUAAACUGGACAAAUUCGAAUUGGAUGCAUUGGGCUACGAGACUAUCGAGCCCAUAGGCGGGACGCAUGGCAACAUCACGUCCAUGUUUGCCAACAGCUACGACUACGACAAGCCCAAGGCGUCGGCCAGGACGACCAGCGGUUCGGGUGCCACAUCCUCCUCUUCCUCGUAUGCCACCAGCAAGAGCAAAAGCACCGCCAGCAACGAUCCCGUGAUAGCCCAACAGAAGUUUGGCAACUCCAAGGGCUUUGGCUCCGACCAAUACUUCGCCAGCGAACAAUCUUCAUCUGACGUUGGCGCGAGUCUGAAUCGAUUCCAGGGAUCACGUGCCAUAUCCUCGUCGGACUAUUUCGGAGACGGCUCUCCAGCUGGCAGGGGCGGCAGCAGCGGCGGAGGAGGGUAUUCAUCUGCGAACUUUAAUGCGCCCGACCUAGACGUGGAGAGUGUGAAGGAGAGUGUGCGCCAAGGCGUCCACAAGGUGGCCGGACGCAUCAGCAAUCUGGCCAAUGAUGUGAUGUCCUCACUGCAGGACAAGUACGGCUACUGAUAUCAGAAGGAUGGCCAUAGCCAGCGGAGUCGCAGGAGCAGCAGCAGCAGUGGUGGUGGAGGUGCAGCAGACACUAAAUUUAAUGUUUUUAUAUAUUAGUCACACACAAAAGUUUAGCGAUUAUGCAGAAAGUUAUAAACAAUUCCGAGCAGUUAACCCCAAUGUAGCAUCUAGCGUCAGAGGACUAAUCCCUGGAUAUACCUCUAUAGUUCUUGUAUAAACAAAAAGAAGCAGUCUAGUGAGCUGUACAAUACGCGUAGUGUCUUUUAAAAUAUACUAUAUACAUAUACAUACACAUGUGGAUGCUAUACGAAUGAGAAGUCUAAGCAUCGAUGCAUCCCCCUUAGUCCUAAGUCGAGCCUAUAGCCGAAUGAUCGUUGAUUUGUUUACUUCACUUAAGAGCAUUUACUUUGGCCCAUUUCCACAUUGAUUGUAUCUCCGAAUGAGCAUCAAAUGAAAUAGAAUACAUAAAUAUAUUAGAAAUGCAUAGCGGAUCGUUUCCCCAAUCGA